AUGGAACUUGUGCUAAAGAAAAAUAAAGUCUGGGAAAGUGCAAUAGAUGUUCUGAUGUUCAAUGGAAAAGGUCACACCCUGCUUAAUAUAAUGGAGGAUUGGAAUAAGAAACUUUUUACAGCUGCUAUUACUGGAGGUAUAGAAGCCUUAAAAGUAUGUCUACAGAAUGGUGCAGACAUUGAUUAUCAAGAUGAGGAUGGAUGGACAGCAUUAAUGUUUGCUGCCGGGAAUGGACAGCUGGAGAUCUGUAGACUCCUCAUUGAUACAGGAUGUAAGAUCGAUAUCACAUCAGAUAAUGGAGAGACAGCAUUAAUGUCUGCUGCCAUGUUUGGACACCUGGAGAUCUGUAGACUCCUCAUUGAUACAGGAUGUAAGAUCGACAUCACAUCAACAGGUUUAGUAGGACAGACAGCAUUAAUGAGGGCUGCCAGGUAUGGAUACCUGGAGAUCUGUAGUCUCCUCAUUGAUACAGGAUGUAACAUCGACAUCACAGAUUUUAUCAGACAAGUGUAA